UCCAUCGUGCCUGUACUCGAUUUUGGCGAUCUCCACUUGAUAGUCGUAGCUUUAGGUCGCCCGCAGGCACACAAUCGAAACAUGCUUUAAACCGAUCCAGGUGCGGUUUUAGCUCCCGCCACUUAUGUUGACACGCGUUCAAGUUUUGACGCGCGUUUCCAACAUAUUGUUGGUAUUCCUAAAACGCUCGUGUCCAGUAGGUGGUUUGACCACGGCGUAGCGUUCGUUGUGCGCCAACUAUUGAUAUCACUAGCGCUAGCUCCUCCUCCUCGGUCCAGUUAACCAUUUUUGGUUUUUGGGUUGGUUUUGGAUGAGGAUUUGUGUUUGAAGAAAGUAGGUGUAAAAAAUUGGGGGUUUGGGGUGAGUAUUUAUAGGUAAAAAUUAGUAAAAAUUUUUAAAAAUUUGAUUUACAUAGCAGUUCCCGCCAUGGCCCACGGCUAGCCCAAACGGCUAUGGGUAACGGUCAUAUUUUGCUAGCCAAUCCCAGCCAUCCACAUUAUCUAGCUAAUCCGCACCACGCCAGGCUUUAUAGCCACGCCAGAGGGGCAACGCCACUACCCUGGCUGGCCCGCCGUGGCUAAAGCGGUGUUGAUUUGAUUUCCACGCCCCAAAUCCAAGCCCACACCCCAUGAUGUAAGUAGAACCUUUUCUUCCUAUCAACACAACACACUACCACUUAAUACCAUGCUAGUGAAUUUAGUGUUUGGGUUGAUCAUGUCUUAAAUCCAUGAACGCCUAUGUCGUAUGUCACAUGCCCAUACGAGGGUUGGUAAACGCUGACCUCAAUUCUUAAAAGCAGAAAAUAUUCACUUUACACUAGAGUAGGGGUGUGCAUGGAUGGGUUUGAAUUGGUUUUGGCUUAAACCUAUAACCUUAACUGCUAUGUCGGUUAAUGGAUAACUAUAAUCAUAACCAUAACCAACCGGUUAUGACAGUUAUGAUUAAUCGGUUUUGAUGGUUGGGGCGGUUGUGGGUGGUUAACCAUGUAUUUAGCCUAGCUAAAAAUAGCUUAAUUUUUUUAAGAUGGAAUAAAUUGUUAUUCAUAUUUGUAUAUAUAUUAGUAUAUUACAUAGUAUUAAAAAAUACAUAUCCGAAUAUUCAAAUAAAGUGAUGUGAUAUAUUCCAUAAAUUCAAAUAAACAUUCAAGCAAAACCGCAAAACGAUAUGAAAUAACCCGUAAAUACUAAAAAUCUUCAAUAAAAAGCAUCAAAUAUUUUUAAAAAAUGGUGAAAAGUCUCAAAUCCUACAAAGAUUUAUUAUAUGUCGGUUCGAUCCAGUUAUGGUGGGUAUGGAAACAUUAAUAACCGUAACCGACCCGCUACUUUCGGUUUUCAAAAAAACUAUUAACUAACCCACCGGUUUUUGAUAUGGUUCGGUUUUUUCGGUUCGGUUUUAUCGGUUAAUUCGGUUAUGAUUCGGUUAAUUCGGUUUUUUGCACACCCCUACACUAGAGGCACACAAAAACUAGCUUUGUGCUCAACCCUCUACCACCAAAAUAAUCGGUCUGAGCCACGUCCAACACGACGGUUUAGAAACACUUUAGGAUUCCAAACCUAAAAUCAAUUCAUAAAACGAGACGAACCAGUUUUUCCCAAACCACUUUAAGCCCAUGAUGAAAGAGACCGGGUCGAUUUACAAACCGAACCGGUUUGUGCCUAUACCGUGUUUUUACACCUCAACUUUACACUAUGGGCCAACCCAAAAGAAGCAUCCUUGUGGUCGUUGAGAAAUAAUAUAGAAAUUACGCGGGAGCCCCUGGGAAACGUUACCUUCCAUAUUCCCCUUUUUCAUCUCUCAAACUUAUAAUAACCCUAAUAACCCACUCUCAAUCCAUUCAUCAACACAACACCUACUGAUUUCCAUCACUUAAUCAUCAUGAGGAAUUCAAUCAACGACGAUGAUUCUUUCAGCUCCCGAUUCUUGAACCAUCUUCCAGUUGGUAGUUACAUUGAUCUGGAGGAUAGUGAAGAUGAGGAAGAGGAAUCGAAUUUGGAAAUGGUGUGUCCGUAUUGCUCAGAGGGGUUUGAUGCCCUAGGGUUGUGUGUUCAUCUUGAGGAUCAACAUCCACUUGAAAUUAAGUUGGGGGUGUGUCCUCUUUGUGCUAGUAAUCUUGGGAAGAACAUGAUUUCCCACUUGAUUAUUCAACAUCAAGGUGUUCUUAAAGGUCUUUGCAAGAGGAAGCUCCAUGACGAUGAUUCGUUUUCUAUAGUAUCACUAUUAAGGAAGAAACUGCAAGAACAUUCACGCACUCGUCAAAAGGAAUCAGCUUCUGUAACAUCUUCUACCAAUUCUGCAACUGAUCCAUUGCUGUUCUCAUUUGUCAAUAAUUCACCUCAAAGUCUUGAACCCCAAGCCGAUUCUUCUGCCGAGUCAAGCUCAUCAAAGAUCCUUUCUAAGUAUGAGCUAUCAGAAAGUAACAGCGACGGUGGCAUCCCGACUGGUUUUUUAUCAAGCAAAGACCAUGAAGAGAAAGCUCUGAAAUCUGACUUCAUGCAGACUAUGUUAUUAUCCACCAUUUUCACUGACAAUUUGUAACAAAACAAUCAAAACAUGUAGGGACUGAGUCUAGUUCAUGUUGUUAUCCCACACAAUGUAACCAGUUAGAUCAUAAUAUUUUGGCAGAUAAGUUGUCUAUGACGAACGGAAACAGCGUAUUCUAAUUAUUUGUUACUGCUGUAAAAAGUAGCUUCAUGAUUU